CUCUCCCUCUCAAAAGCAAAUCUUACAUCCCCACCAGCUUUCGAUUCCAUCGUGUUCUGAGCUCUUUUUGUUCACAGGAGUUAAAAAGUUUGAAGCUUUGCAAGAAGAAUCGAAAAAUUUCGAAGCUUUAUUUUAUGUCUGACAAGAUAUCACCCUUUUGCUAUCUACCACCUCUCUGCUUGGAGAAGAACAACACUAUCAUCCUACACCACCCAGAGCUAAGAACCACCACUAGCUCCUCCUCCAUCACACGCAUCUUCUUCAAACCCGAGACACCUCCUCUCCUCUCAGACCACUUUCACUAACAAAGAUGGCGCUUCAGAACAUUGGUGCUUCCAACCGCAACGAUGCCUUUUACCGUUACAAGAUGCCUAAGAUGGUUACUAAAACCGAAGGCAAAGGCAACGGCAUCAAGACCAACAUUGUCAACAACGUCGACAUCGCCAAGGCUUUAGCGAGGCCUGCUUCUUACACUACAAAGUACUUUGGAUGCGAGCUUGGAGCUCAGUCCAAGUUUGAUGACAAGACUGGGACUUCGCUUGUGAACGGAGCUCAUAGCACUUCUAAGCUCGCUUCUCUGUUGGAGGCUUUUAUUAAGAGGUAUGUUCAGUGUUAUGGGUGUGGGAACCCUGAGACUGAGAUUGUUAUUACCAAGAGUCAGAUGGUGAAUUUGAAGUGUGCGGCUUGUGGGUUUGUCUCUGAGUGUGACAUGAGGGAUAAGCUGACUACGUUUAUUCUGAAGAAUCCGCCUGAGGCGAAGAAGGUGGGGAAGGAUAAGAAGGCUAUGAGGAGAGCUGAGAAGGAGAGGAUGAAGGAAGGUGAGGCUGCUGACGAGGCGAUUAAGAGGCUUAAGAAGAAGGAUGGUUGUUCUAAGUCGUCUAAGAAGGAAGGUUCUGAUGAGGAGAUUAGUCCCAAGCAUGAUGGGAGUGCAGAUGAUGAUGAUGAUGACGACGAUGGGAUCCAGUGGCAGACGGAUACUUCUAGAGAAGCUGCUGAGAAGAGGAUGAAGGAGCUGAGUGCUGCUACUGCUGAGAUGGUGAUGAUCUCUUUAGACGAAGAAGAGGAGAAGAAGAAGAAGAAGAGUCUGGGGGAUGAGAUGAAGGAGUAUCUCAAGAAGGGUUUACCGAUAAGCGAGCUCAAAGCUUUCAUCUCCUCUUUCUCUGAGCCUCCUCAAGAGGUCAUGGACGCGCUCUUCAACGCUCUCUUUGACGGCGUGGGGAAAGAUUUUCUCAAGGAAGCGAUGAAGAAGAAGGAUUGCUUGGCGGCUGCAACGCAGGAGGAAGGUUCGCAGAUGCAUCUGCUAAACUCUUUUGGAUCGUUCUGCGGGAAGAGCGGAAACGGAGAGGCGGUUAAGGAGGCGGCUCAGGUUCUCAAGGCGCUGUACGAUGAAGACGUUGUCGAGGAAGAGUUUGUGUUGGAGUGGUACCAAAAGGGUCUGACGGGAGCUGACAAGAGCUCUCCUGUUUGGAAGAGUGUGAAGCCUUUUGUGGUGUGGCUACAGAGCGCUGAGUCUGAGUCCGAAGGGGAGGAUUGAGAGUUUCUUUUUGCUAUGUUUUUACUGUUUUUUUUUAAAUUUAAAUGUUAUUUUGGUUUUCAGUAUUCUCAGUUUUUUUUUAUUAUAUGUUAGAACACGCAAAAUUUGCAACUGGGUUGUUUGAACUAAUUGAUUCUUGCUUUUGUUUUGUU